AUUAGAGGGCGGACACUUCCGGUGGAGUGUGGCGGAAUUGGCGCUGUAACUCUGGACACAAGUUCUGGAGGUUCCUGUUGUGGUCAGGUGACGGCGGGAACCCGGCGGGUGACAGGAGGGCAGAGGCGGACGUCUACAGUGUGAAUGGCUCUGGUGCGGUGACACCUCUGCCUCCCUGGAGCGUCGGCAUGCGUUGGGGGGAUGCUUCGCUGGACGGUGCACCUAGAGGGGGGUCCACGACGGGUGAAUCAUGCAGCAGUGGCGGUGGGACAUCGAGUCUUUUCCUUUGGUGGCUACUGCUCUGGGGAGGACUACGAGACGCUCCGGCAGAUCGAUGUCCACGUCUUCAAUGCUGUGUCUCUCCGCUGGAGGAAGCUUCCCCCGUCCUGCUGUCCUCCUUCCAAGGUGCCAUACAUGAGAUACGGACACACCGCGGUUCUCAUCGAUGAUGUCGUCUACAUCUGGGGGGGGCGUAAUGACACGGAGGGGGCCUGCAACGUCCUCUACACCUUCCACACAGGCACAGAGAAGUGGAUGACCCCCGGUGUGAGCGGCCAGCUCCCCGGGGCCCGGGACGGGCACUCCGCCUGCGUUCUGGACAGGACCAUGUAUGUCUUCGGUGGAUUUGAGCAGCUGGCCGACUGCUUCUCCAAUGACAUCCACAAACUGGACACCAAAUCCAUGAGCUGGACGCUGGUGAAGGCCAAAGGGGCGCCGGCUCGCUGGAGAGACUUCCACUCCGCCACCGUCAUUGGGGCUAAGAUGUUUGUCUUUGGCGGCCGCGCGGAUCGCUCCGGUCCGUUCCACUCUAACAACGAAAUCUACUGCAACCGAAUUCGGGUUUUUGAUUUAUUGACAGAAACCUGGCUGGACGCCCCCCAGUGCACGGCCCCGCCCGAGGGGAGGAGGAGCCACUCUGCGUUUGCGUAUCGGGGGGAGCUGUAUGUGUUCGGUGGCUACAACGCGCGGCUGAACCGUCACUUUCAGGACCUGUGGAGGUACACGCCAGAGACCGGCCGCUGGCAGCGCGUGGAGGUCCAAGGGAAAGGCCCCUGUGCCCGGCGGCGGCAGUGCUGCUGCAUCGUGGGUGACAAGAUCUUGCUCUUUGGAGGCACCAGCCCUUCUCAGGACCAGUAUCUCCUGGACGAGUUCUACUUGAUGGAUCACUCGGAUCUCUACAUCCUGGACUUCAGUCCCAGUUUGAAGACGCUGUGUAAGCUGGCGGUAUUACAGCACAGUCUGGACCAGUCCUGCCUGCCCCAUGACCUGAGGUGGGAACUAUCAGCCAUGACCACAAACAGCAACAUCAGCCGCCCCCUGCUCUCCUCCCACGGAUAAGAGGCUCCCAGUGCCACGCACUCACUGGAAUAAAAACUUCACUACA